UAGUCAAAGUAUAAUAUUUAACAAACUUUUGAUUCAAAUAAAAUAACGAAUGACACAAGAGAAGUUUUCAAAGAUGUUACGAGAAAGAAGAAUGUUCGUCAUGUGCAAUGCUUAUUCGAAGCUGAUAAUGCUAUAGCUACUGUAGCAAGGGUAUUGAAUUGUCCUGUAUUGAGUUAUGAUUCAGAUUUUUAUGUGUUUGGGACAUUGUACAUACCAUUUGAUACAUUGGACAAUUACACGAGGUCUAAGUCAAUCUACACUGCCAUUAGCUGCAAUAUUACUAGGCAAUGAUUAUGUAAAACAUGGUACAUUUAAAAACUUCUUUCGUUAUUUAAAGUUACGACGAAUAAGAAGAAAAAGGUAUAGUAAUCGACAGUAUUGUAUAGAAGCAACUUUACAAUGGUUGAGCAGGUUUUACACCUUGGACAGAGCAGUCAUUGGAAUACUAUGUAGAUCACCUAAAACCGAAUAUGCAGCUCGUGCCACAACACGUUCCAUAAACAGAAUUUUUAAAUUUGAUGGGGAUGUUAAUAGUCUAAUGUACAUAGAAGAAACUGAUAAAAAUGGAGACUUUGAAUCAGCCGAAGAAGAAGAAGAAGAGGAAGAAAACGAAGUUGAAAUAUUAGACAUGCUUAAAGGGGUCAGAAUCUGCUGCCAAUAAUGCACUAGCUAAUAUACCUAAUUUGUUUGUAGAUGAAUUUCUUAUGGGCAAUUAUCCUGCAUAUUUCAUGGACUUGUUGGUUCGACGUUUAUAUAUUUGUCCUGUACAAAUAGAGGAUUAUUCCUAUCCAUUGAGCAAUGUAAUAAGUUUAAAAAUUAUUAGAGUUAUAUAUGCAUUUCUGUAAUCAGGAAUGAAUAGAAAGAGAGGUUUCAUGAAAUACAUGAUGAGAGACUGUAAUAAAAAGCUUAAAUGUUACGAACUAGAAGGCACUGACACUAAAUUUUCUUCCCCAUUACUGUCCCUAUCUAAUCUUAGAGAAGUACCAUUAACGAGUCCAGGAUUAAAAAAUAAUGUACAAACAUGCGUCAUUGAUUUUUCAUUACCAUUUGAAUUUAAAUUCAAGUUAUAUAGACACAAAUAUAUAAGCAAAGCCCAUAUUGAAUGAA